AUGCAUUUCUCGACAGCCGUCGUUGCCUCCGUGGCCACCCUGGCCCCUCUCGCAAGCGCUCUUGGCAAUGCUAUCGUGACCAACAACUGCGACUUCCCUGUCUAUGUCUGGUCUGUUGGGGGCAGUGUCGGCCCCAAGCAUACCCUUCAACAAGGCGAGAAGUAUACCGAGGCACUGCGCCAUGACGAUACCUCUGGAGGUGUUUCGUUGAAGAUCACCACUGUCGACGAUGGUCUGUUCAACGGCAGCCCUCAGACCAACUUCGCCUAUAGCUUGGAUCCCGGCACUGUCUGGUAUGACCUGUCAGAUGUAUUCGGUGACCCCUUCUCUGGCAACCCGAUUGUUGUCCGCCCCACCGACUCUUCGUGCCCGAACCUCUGCUGGGCGCAAGGAGUCAACCCUGGCGGCAGCCAGACCAAGAAUUGCAACUCAGACGCCAGUGUCAACUUGAACCUGUGUGCCGCACAAUGUUAA